CCAUGCCCAACGACCUAGACCAGCCACGGCGAUAUCCGUGGGGGAGAUAUGCGGGGUACUAUUUCCGAGGUAGCUUAUUCUGUAGGUACAAGUUCCAAUGUCAUAGCAGCAGCAAGGAAAUGGUCUUUCCCGUCUCUUUUACUUACAAAAUCGUGAUUUCCCAUGGCCGGUACCAGCCAGCCCAGUAGUGGGCAGUUGCAUUUCCUCUUCAUCCGACAUGGCGAGACCCAGGACAAUAUCGAGAAAAUUUUGCAAGGCUGGCACGAUACGAAUUUGACCGAGAAGGGACAACGAGAGGCCCAAUUCUUAGCCGACAAAUUGCAAACGCAACAUAUUGACGCCGUCUACCACUCACCUUUGACACGGAUCAAGCAGACUAUCGAACCAUUCCUGUCAGGGCGUGGCGACGUCCAACGUUAUGCAGAUCCCGAUCUCAGAGGACAGGGACUCGGUGACCUUGAAGGAGGCUCAUACGAUCUGGUGGACAUGAGCAACCCGAGAUCUGCGGAUGGUCAGCCCGGCGUGGAAUUGUUUGAUGAUUACGUGCGAAGGACCAAGCGAGCCUUUGCUCGCAUCGUGGGAGCAGAAGCACCUCAAACUGGGCAAAAGGAUCGCACAGUCGUGAUCGCGACACAUGGGGUUAGUAUCACAUCACUGUUGAAGUGCCUGGAAAAGACUCCAUCAUGUGAUGGGUUCAAUCCCAAGUUCGCUGUUCGAGGUCCGAAUGCCUAUGAAGUUAGAUGGACGGACUCAGACGAUGUCGCCCGGAUGGUCGUUUCAGAACCUGCAAAACUGCCUAUCAAAGACGGCGUACUGGAUUGGUCCAGCAUUCCAGGGCAACCCUUUUUGAUCGAGACAUGGGGUAAGAAGGAGAAGGCUUUAUAGACAUUCAUUUCCUGCAAUAGCAAUAGACGAUAUGCUUGAUGAAAGGAGGUGCAUUUCCGUACCUGGUAAAGACUAUUGCAAGUGAUGUCAUUUGCAUUGAUAUACUUAUUCCGUACGACGAGUGCCUUCUUCGGCCCUUUUCC